AGCCUCACGUACCUCAAGUACCGCGAGAGUCCGUGUGUCGAGGUCUUUGCCCUGGGCGCCCACGACAUCUCCAUGUGGCGGACCCUUGGUCACCACAACUGGACACGCGACGCGGUGCCGGCGCCGCACGAAGAGACGAUGCAACAUCAAGACAACGAUGACGCCAUCGAUGAGUACACCAAGGACGGGCGAGCGUCACCGACGAGCCCACUCACGGACGACGAGGAAGAGAACGAUCCGCACAGCUGCAGCGACCGCGACAACGACGACGACGAAGACGAUGUUCAGGUGGAGCUCGAGCGCGUGCCGGUGGUGCCUCAAAACGCCGACUUGCAGCCGCUCCUUGACGUCAUCAAUGCCACCGUGGGCAAGGGUGACAAGCUCUUCACGCUGGCCGACAUGAUGCACUUUUGCUGCGAGCUCGAGUACCCGACCCGAGACGGGCGCGAGGAAGAUGGCUGGUGCUAG